AUGUCGCCCAUCACCCCCCAUCAGCGUACUAAUCCACUGCCCGUCCCCGAACUCACCCAGCAACAGCUGGACGAGAUCUACGCCUUCGCCGUCGAUCUCGGCCGCAAGGCCGGCCAGUUACUGCUCGAGAGCAUCGAGAAGCGCAUGGACGGCGAGCAGAGCCGCGAGGCCGACGAGAAGGAGAAUGCCGUUGAUAUUGUUACGCAGACAGAUGAGGGUGCGUUUCGACUUCACUUGAAAUGCGAUCACGGCUAA